GGAUUUUAUCUUCGCGUAUGGUUGGACUGUGUGCGUUUUCCCUUUUUCGUGCCGUGAACUUGUAUUUUGGGUAUAUACACAUGGUUGUAUUAAUGAUUAAAUAAUAUAACAACUUUUUAUAAAUUAUUGCUCAGAAAUUUAAGUAUUAUCAUGUAUAACUUUGUAAUUUGACUAUAUUCGUGGAGUGAUAGUGCAGUUUUGGAGGUAAAAUGCCCGCUUCAAUUUGUGACCCAGUAUCCAGCGCAUUGCGUUUGUCUUUAACUGCAGAAGAUUCCUCAAACUCUUCCUUAUUAGAUAGAAGACUUUACUCAUCAGCAAAGAGUGUCCUACUGUCUAAAAUUGAAUUUGAAGAAUCUGGUGACUAUCAAAGCAAUGUUCUCGAUGGUUUGAAGUCUAAAUACGUGGUUAUACGUAAAAAACCUGUGCUUGAAAGUAAAUUGCUUAAGAAAGAUGUUAAUUCGGUGAAUCAAAAUACAGAGAACUCCAAAAAUGGUGAUGAAGGGUUGCCAAAACCUAAGAGGGUUUUCUUUCCUGUUGAAAAAGUACAAUUGGGAUGGCAAAGUGCCUGGGCAGCGGGAGCAGGUAUGCAGAAUGUUGGUAACACCUGCUACCUCAAUUCAACAUUACAAGCCCUUUUUCAUGUACCUGCCUUCGCUAAUUGGCUUGUAUCUGAUUGUACACAUGCUGAGAAAUGUAACCAAGAAGAAGCUUGCGUUAUUUGUGGUAUGAGAGCAACCCUGAUGGCCACUCAGAAGAGUGGCGGAGCAGCAAUCAAGCCUUGGCAAGUGUACUCUAAGUUGCGGCUCAUAUGUAAACAUCUUACACCAGGUCGUCAGGAAGACGCCCAUGAAUUUCUUAGAUAUCUUGUGGAGGCUAUGGAAAAGUGUUACCUCUCACGGCUUAUAAAUGCAGACAAACUAGACCAGUACAGCAAGGAAACCACCCCAUUGAAUCAGAUUCUCGGUGGUUACCUUCGUUCGACCGUCCGUUGUCUGGCCUGCCAUCAUCUUUCAACCACCUACCAACAUUUUCAAGAUUUGCUCUUGGAUAUAAGAAAACAUUCAACAUUGGAUGAAGCUUUGGACUCAUUUUUUUCCAGAGAAAGACUAGAAGAUUUAGGUUAUAAAUGUGAAGCUUGUAAUAAGAAGGUGUCAGCAACCAAACAAUUCUUCAUAGAGAGGGCGCCGAUGGUGCUCUGUAUCGCACUCAAGAGAUUCUCUCUGGCCGGUGGGAAGUUAUCAAAGCAUGUGCAGUUUAGAAAAAAAAUUAAUCUUAACAAAUAUAUUUAUAAUAAAAAUAAUCCUCAUCAGUUGUCUUACAAACUGGUCAGUCUUGUAACACAUCUCGGACCAUCACAGAACUCGGGCCACUACACCGCCAUAGGACAGGCUCCUAACAGCAACUACUACCAAUUCGAUGAUAGUUGUGUCCGGCCCAUCCCUCUAUCUGCAGUCCUGGGAACUAACGCUUACAUUAUGUUUUUUGAAAAAGAUAAUACAAUUGAAGAUUCAGUGGUCCCCACUGCUUCAACUUCAAACGUCGUCUACGGCCCUCAGUUACCAGAAAACAUACUCAACAGGGACAAGAGCCCUUUAAAACUAACAUUCUACAGAAACGAUGACAGGAAGCCCAUCACAUUGAAUUCCACCGCAGUGGAUUCAAAAGCAGACGUUAAGCCCGUCAUACUGAACUCAACACUCAGCAAAUCAUCGGAGUCUAACAAUUCAAGUUCAGAACCCUGGGUCGUCAAACAGAACGGUGAAGUAGAAAAAGUUUCCCAAGGGACGAGAAUAUUGAAUGGCGCAGACAAGAGUGCACAGAAAGUAGACGAGGAUAUCAAAAUUAGUUUUAUAAUAAAGAAGCAGAACGGGGAAGAGAGCCAAAGCAAACCUAAAAUAUCAAAAAGUGACUCGGAUCUUAGAUCCAUUACUAAUGUAGGUAACAAAAUGUUAGAGAAAAGCGCCUCGGCCGGUAAGUUAGUGAAACUAUCAAAAUCGCCGCUAGAGAAACUCGAAGAACAAAUGAAUAAAAACGAUGCGGCUAACGGUGUGCACAGAAACGGUGGUAUGGGGUCCAAGUUGGUCCCUUACGACUCCGAGUCGAGCAGCGACGAGAGGAGUGAGCGGGAGAGGACGGCAGACGACAAGACCAAGAAGGACGACAAGGAACAGAACAGGAAACAGAAACCCAGCAGGUGCGACUCCCCGCAGACGCUCAUCGUGACCACCAAGGCCAUGCAUCACACCUGGACCGUCUGCAAGGAGAAGAGCGGCCCGCUGCUCAGUCCCAGUCUCAACGGAGACACUAACAAGAAGGCGAAGGAGAAAGAGGAGAGGCGAGGCGACGAAGAGAGUCCGAAUACCAGCGUCAGCAGUAUGUCGCCGCUCAGCGACCGCAGCGAGGUGGUCGCCGCCUGCCCGGCCGGGUCCACCACGGUGCCGGUCACGCCCGCCGCACCCACUGUCAACUUGGAGACAGCACGCCACCUGCACGGCUUGUCGCACCGCGGGUAUGGCGCCCCCGUCUCCACCUGGAACGGCACUCACAGCGCUAUGUCGCGACAGGUGUUCGAAGAGAGACGCGAAGAAAGGAAACGCGCUCUCGAAGCGACGGACGAUAUGGACCGAGGCCGGACUAAGAAAGUAAAGAAGUUCCACCAUUACAACAGGUUCAACAAUAACAGGAACGGUUACAACCCCUUCCAGGAGAAACAAAACAAACUGCACUGGGGCGGCAACUUCAAGUACCGCGGAGACAGGCGACCCACGCACCACUUCAACAAACACCACAGUAAUAAGUACAAACGAUUUAACAGGUACAGCAACAACCACCACUACCCCCGCCACCAUUGACCCUGGCCGGUCAACGGAAUGUUGUCUGUGUAUAUACGUGAACGGACUCCCUGAACUAUAUAGUUAGAACAUUUUUAAGCUAAUACUAGUUAAGGUGGUUAAUAUUGACAUGUUGAUAGACGAGGAGGUGUUUCAAGAAUGACCCGCUGACGCCGCGAAGUCCAUUAAUUGUUACAGUAGAGUGUAGUGGGUUAAAUUAUGUACUGCCAAUGUCAGCCUUUGUAACAUAAACUGAUAGUGUGAUACAGAAAUAUCCUGUAACAUAAUUAUGUAUGCGACUGUAAUAUUGUGAUGACUGAGAAUGUUUUAUUUGGUCUCGUAAUUUCUUUACCAGAAUCACGCUACUUGUCUAUUACUAAAGCAUUUCGAUGAAAAAUAUGUAAUCUUUUCUAUCUGACAGAAAAACUACGCUGUAAGCUAUUUGACGAAUAGAGAUAUUUAAAUUAUCUACUUAAAUAGUCGAGCGAAUUUAAUGUAAAGGUAUCCUGCGGUGACUUUCUUUUGAAAGCGGUUUAUUCGUGUCAGACAUUUGUUCUACCUCAUCUUUGAAGUCGGUUGGAAAUCAGGUCGAUGUAUCACAAAAAAAAAUAAUAAACAAAUGAUAAAAUAGUUUUUUUUUUUGGAAUAGUUAUUGAUUAAGAUAGUGUUGUAAGUGAUAGCAAUAAAUGUGAAAUGUAAUGAUAGCUGUGAAUAGUCAGGUGACGGGAAUCAGUCGGGGAUCACGACAAAUGAAAGUUACAACGGUCACUACACGGCUUCGGAUCCGCGUUUAACAUUUAGAAAAACAUGGCGCGAGCCGAUACGACGCCGUGUGGGCUUAGCUUAAAUCACAUCAGUGUUCAAAAAUUUCCUAAGACCCAACCGAUGAAGCAUCCUCUUUUAAAAUACUGACUCUAUUUUCAAACUAUCUUCACUUGGAUUUCGUUGGAAUUCUGAAGUAUUAUGUAGUAAACUAUGUUUCCUGAGGAAUAUUUUUAUUUUUUGUAUAAUAAGCCACAAUUAUACGUUGACAUUCAUCUGAUUGAUAAGUUUUCUUUGUAAAUAAAACACUCAGUCGAAAAUCGGAUUAUUAUAUAGUAAGUUAUACGGGCUUAUACUUUUGUAACAAACCCCCGCAUAUGAUAGUCAUUUUGUUUAUGUGUUAUCGACCUAUAUGAUGUACACGGGUUCAGUGCUCGCGUUCAGUCGCAGCGAGCCGGACAGACAUACAAACAUCGUCGUUCAUGAAGUGUUCCAUACAUGUUAUGUACGUAGCAUUUAUAUUUAUUUCCUGUCCUCAGUUCGACGUCAUGUAUUUCUAGUUGUUAAGGUGAUAUAAUUAUUUACUUAGACCUAUUUCUUAGUUAUUGUAAAAGGUACUGUUAAAUAAUUUUUUUUUGUUAAUUACCAUGAGAAUGUUACAUUAUGAAAGUGUAAGAAUACUCUUUCACACAAAUAUUUUUCUUAAUAAUUGAUGCAAGCGUUUUGCUGAAAUGGAUAAAAAAAAACAUCUUAUUAUAA